AGUUUACAUACACUUAGGUUGGAGUCAUUAAAACUAGUUUUUCAACCACUCCACAGAUUUCUUGUUAACAAACUGUAGUUUUGGCCAGUCGGUUAAGAACAUCUACUUUGUGCAUGACACAAGUCAUUUUCCCAACAAUUGUUGACAGACAGAUUAUUUUGCUUAUAAUUCACUGUAUCACAAUUCCAGUGGGUCAGAAGUUUACAUACACUAAAUUGACGGUGCCUUUAAACAGCUUGGAAAAUUACAGAAAAUUAUGUCACUGCUUUAGAAGCUUCUGAUAGGCUAAUUGACAUCAUCUGAGUCAAUUGGAGGUGAACCUGUGGAUGUAUUUCAAGGCCAACCUUCAAACUCAGUGCCUCUUUGCUUGACAUUAUGGGAAAAUCAAAAGAAAUCAGCCAAGACCUCAGAAAAGCAUUGUAGACCUCCAUGAGCCUGGUUCAUCCUUGGGAGCAAUUUCCAAAUACCUGUGUGGUUAUGACAACUGUCUCCUAGAGAUAAACGUGCUUUGGUGUGAAAAGUGCAAAUCAAUCCCAGAACAACAGCAAAGGACCUUGUGAAGAUGCUGGAAGAAACAGGCACACAAGUAUCUCUAUCAUCAGUAAAACGAGUCCUAUAUCGACAUAACCUGAAAGGCCGUUCAGCAAGGAAGAAGCCACUGCUCCAAAACCGCCAUAAAAAAGCCAGACUACGGUUUGCAACUGCACAUGGGGACAAAGAUCAUACUUUUUGGAGAAAUGUGGUCCUCUGGUCUGAUGAAACAAAAAUUGAAAUGUUUGGCCAUAAUGACCAUCGUUAUGUUUGGAGGAAAGAGGGGGGCGCUUGCAAGCCGAAGAACACCAUCCCAACCGUUAAGCACAGGGGUGGCAGCAUCAUGUUGUGGGGGUGCUUUGCUGCAGGAGUGACUGGUGCACUUCACAAAAUAGAUGGCAUCAUGAGGUAGGAAAAUUAUGUGUAUAUAUUGAAGCAACAUCUUAAGACAUCAGUCAGGAAGUUGAAGCUUGGUCUUCCAAAUGGACAAUGACCCCAGGCAUACUUCCAAAGUUGUGGCAAAUGGCUUAAGGACAACAAAGUCAAGGCAUUGGAGUGGCCAUCACAAAGCCCUGACCUCAAUCCCAUAGAUAAUUUGUGGGCAGAACUGAAAAAGCGUGUGCGAGCAAGGAGGCCUACAAACCUGACUCCGUUACACCAGCUCUGUCAGGAGGAAUAUGCCAACAUUUAUCCAACUGGCUGUGGGAAGCUUGUGGAAGGCUACCCGAAAAGUUUGACCCAAGUUAAACAAUUUAUAGGUAAUGCUACCAAAUACUAAAUGAGUGAAUAUAAACAUCUGACCCACUGGGAAUGUGAUGAAAGAAAUAAAAUCUGAAAUAAAUCAUUCUCUCUACUAUUAUUCUGACAUUUCACAUUCUUAAAAUAGUGGUGAUACUAACUGACCUAUUACAGGGAAUUUUUACUUGGAUUAAAUGUCAGGAAUUGUGACAAACUGAGUUGAAAUGUAUUUGGCUAAGGUGUAUGUAAACUUCCGACUUCAACUGUAUAUAUAUACACAGUACCAGUCAAAAGUUUGGACACCUACUCAUUCAAGGUUUUUUUUAUUUUAUUUUUAUUUAAACUUUUUUCUACAUUGUUGAAUAAUAUUGAACACAAACUAUGAAACUAUGUAACCAAAAAAGUGUUAAAUAAAUCUAAAUAUAUUUAUAUAUGAGAUUCUUCAAAUAGCCAGCCUUUGCCUUGAUGACAGGUUUGCACACUCUUGGUGUUCUCAACCAGCUUCAUGAGGUAGUCACCUGGAAUGCAUUUCAAUUAACAAGUGUGCCUUGUUAAAAGUUAAUUUUGUGGAAUUUAUUUCCUUAAUGUGUUUUGAGCCAAUCAGUUGAAUUGUGACAAGGUAGUGUGAUAUACAGAAGAUAGCCCUAUUUGGUAAAAGACCAAGUCCAUAUUAUUGCAAGAACACCUCAAAUAAGCAAAGAGAAAUUACAGUCCAUCAUUACUUUAAGACAUGAAGGUCAGUUAAUCUGGAAAAUUUCAAGAACUUUUAAAGUUUCUUCAAGUGCAGUCACAAAAACCAUCAAGCGCUAUGAUGAAACUUGUUCUCAUGAGGAACGCCACAGGAAAGGAAGACUCAGAGUUACCUCUGCUGCAGAGGAUAAGAAAUUGCAGCCCAAAUAAAUUGUUCAUAGAGUUCAAGUAAUAGGCACAUCUCAACAUCAACUGUUCAGAGGAGACUGCGUGAAUCAGGCCUUCAUGGUUGAAUACUGCAAAUAAACCACUACUUAAGGACACCAAUAAUAAGAAGAGACUUGCUUGGGCCAAGAAACACUAGCAAUGGACAUUUGACCAGUGGAAAUCUGUCCUUUGAUCUGAUGAGUACAAAUUGGAGAUUUUUGAUUCCAACCACUGUGUCUUCGUGAGAGACAGAGUAGGUGAACGGAUGAUCUCCGCAUGUGUGGUUCCCACCAUAAAGCAUAGAGGAAGAGGUGUGAUGUUGUGGGGGUGCUUUGUUGGUGACACUUUCUGUGAUUUAUUUAGAAUUCAAGGUACACUUAACCAGCAUGACUACCACAGAAUUCUGCAGUAAUACACCAUCUCAUCUGGUUUGCAUUUAGUGGGACUAUCAUUUGUUUUUCAACUGGAUAAUGACCCAACACACCUCCAGGCUAUGUAAGGGCUAUUUGUCCAAGAAGGAGAGUGAUGAAGUGCUGCAUCAGAUGACCUGGCAUCCACAAUCACCUGACCUCAACUCAAUUGAGAUGGUUUGGGAUGAGUUGGAUCGCAGAGUGAAGGAAAAGCAGCCAAGAAGUGCUCAGCAUAUGUGGGAACUCCUUCAAUACUGUUGGAAAAGCAUUCCUCAUGAAGCUGGUUGAGAGAAUGCGAAGAGUUUGUAAAGCUGUCAUCAAGGCAAAGGGUGGCUACUUCGAAACAUCUCAAAUCUAAAAUAUAUUUUGAUUUGUUUAACACUUACUACUUGAUUCCAUACGUGUAAUUUCAUAGUUUUUAUGUCUUCACUAUUAUUCUACAAUGUAGAAAAUAGUAAAAAUAAAGAAAAACCUUUGAAUGAGUAGGUGUGUUCAAACUUUUGUCUGGUACUGUAUAUAUGAGAUAGUCUAACAGUAAAAUCCAUUUUAUUUUUUGUUGAGAAAGCAUUGGCCUACCAAGACAAAUUGAAGACAUAGAUAUGGUUUUACUGCCAUCAAAUAUAUCUAAAAAAGGAAAAGGUCUGACUGUUGGUGUGCUUGGAGGGGGACACAUUGGAAAACAGCUGGUCCAAGUGCUUCUUGAAAAGAAUGGCCUAAAACCGUCACAAAUCAACAUUUCCUCAAGGAGGCCUGAAACUCUAGAGGAAUUUGUGAAAAGGGGUAUCAUGUGUUACUUUGACAACCAGCGAUUGGUGGCCUGGGCAGAUGUGCUGUUCCUCUGUUGCCUUCCCUCUCACCUACCCAAGGUGUGUGCAGAGCUCCAAUCCCACCUACCAAAGCACUGUCUGGUGUACAGCUUCCUCUCUGCCGUACCAUUAAACAGAUUGGCACAGCUUCUUGGUCACAGCUUCAUUCUCAAACCACAGUAUGAGUUUGUGGCUUGUGACUCUGUCAACAUGUGGCUUUCCCGAGGUCAUGUGACCGCGGCUUUGAAAGACCCAGAAGUAAUAGAUGCAUCCUGUCCUCUUGCCAUGAGAGGUGGGCUCUGUCUGGAUCCAAAGUGGCUGUUUGGGUUGUUGUACAGUCUCUUGAACAUGUGCACCGCGGCAAAUGUCGGAUCCGCUGAAGCUCUUGGGCUGAUCAAUGAGCUGUUCCAGUUAAAAGGUCCAGGCACUGUGGCAUUCAUCCUGAAUAAUUUUGUCCAUUCCUCCUAUGCAUCUUCCCUGACACCAGAUGAGUCUUUCCCCUGGAUUAAUUUAGUUGAUGUUCAGUCUAAGGAGACACCAUUAUCAUGCUUCAUAUCAAGAAAUAACAGUAUGCAGGGUUGUCUCUCUGCUCUAUACAAUUCAGUAAUGGUGGAUCCACUGAAGGGAAAGAAAGAGCCUGGAAAACCCAAAGAUGGAACUCUGUCUGUCAUAACACCAAGUCAUUGUAAAAAAUCUGAUUUUGUGUGAUGUUGAUUUACUCUCAAACUGUAACAGAAUAAAAUAAAGGGAUUGAGUAUA